GUAGCCGUAGGUGGAUAUUUGGUGAUGAUAGAGGACAUACUAGUUCGGCCCUGAUGAUCAACAAGCCGAAUCGGACACCAAUUAUCACGGAAAUGUGUUAUUGUAUCAGAUGUCACAUCCGAGUUGAGCUAGACGAUAGCGGCAGCACAUGUCGUGCCCGAGGCAUAUUGUCUCUGUCAUUUGGAUGUCCUUGUGUUCUUGGGUCAUCGCCCGCGGUUUUGAGGGGUUUCUAGUCCCUUUCUCGUUGCGAUGGACGACGCAUCUCCUGCACCUAGCACAGACAAUUGGUACUUUGCUUUAUCAUCGAAAACCUUUUGGCAAUCUGAUGCUGAAGAUUCUCGUCAGCCCUGGCUCUUCAAUGUAUGAUACGUUGUCAAGUGGAGCUCCGUUGCUCCCUCACCUAUCUUUGAUCGGCCGCCGGGCUGAUGGUAGUGAAUGGCACUGCCACACGGCUGCGGAAAUCAACGAUCCGAAAUGUUCUGGUAAAGCGCAGGCUCGUUGGGCACUCUGGCUUAAUGUCCAAGUGGGUAGGUCGAAGGUUGCAGCCAAGCCAGAUGAGGACUAACGCUCCAACCUUCUAGAAACUGUUGAGCCUGUCGUUGACGAGAACCUUGCAGAAGGCCAGGAGCAAUUGCAAGAACGAGUGGUGAAGUUAAGGCGGGUUGCCUUUUGGGGCUGAGCUUGAC